GUACGAGGAGCUGAAGUCGCUGGCUGGAGGCCUGACAGCUGAUGCUGAUGGGAUGGCCUCCAAGGCAGACAAGGCUUAUCAAAGCAGCCUGGUGCUCCUCAGCUCCCUGUCCCACCUGAUGAAGACUGAUAUUGGAUCCUUUGAGGGGGAGGCAACCCGGCUGAAGCAGGAUGCCAGCGCUCUCCUCAGCCUGGUGGACACCUACAUGGCACAGUACAGGCAGCUGCAGAGCCGCACAGGGCGCUGGGAGGAAGAAAUCAAGCAGCUGCUGCGGAGGGGAGAGGGCGAGAGACUGACGCUGACGCAGCUGCUGUCCCGAGCCAACCUCGCCAGGAGCACAGCCCUGCAAGCCGUGAGCGCUGGCAAUGCCACCUUCUAUGAGGUGGAGCAGAUCCUGAAGAGCCUCCGGGAGUUUAACCUGCAAGCAGAUGACAAGAGAAGGGAAGCCGAAGAUGCCAUGAGGAGGCUACCAAUCAUAAGCAGCAUGGUCGCAAGUACCAAGGAGAAGACAGACCGAGCUGAAGCGACCCUGGGCAGUGCUGCUUCCGAGGCCAAGGCAGCCAGCAGCGCGGCAGGGAAAGCAAAGGAGAUCACCAUGGGGAUCCAGCAGUGGCUAUUGCAGAUCGCAGAGCUGGCUGUAGAUGAGCGGGAGAUCACACGGCUGAGGGUGGAAGCCAACAAGACGGCUGAUGGUGUCCUCGCCCUGGAGAAGGCAGUGGCUGCCCUGCAGCGUGAGGCCAAGGAAGUGGAUGGGGAAUUUGAGAGGAAGCUCUUGGAAAUUGAGGCAGAUGCUGCUGUGAUACAGGAGGUGGCUCAGGAAGCUCAGGAGGUCCACGCCAAGGCUGGCCAGGCAGGUGUGGUUGUGCAGGAGACCUUGAGUGCCCUGGAAGAGCUGCUGCGGCUGAUGAACCAGCCUGGUGCUGUGGAUGAGGAUGGCCUGAAGCAGCUCGAGAUGAAUUUCAGGAAAGCCAAAACUAGAAGCAGCCAGCUGAAGGAUGAGAUGUCGGAGCUGGAGCAGACAGCCACGCUGCAGAAGGCUCGGGUGCGGACGCUGGAGAGCGGCAUCGAUGAGAUCCUGGCAGAUAUUAAGAACCUGGAGGAUAUCGAGAAGAGUCUUCCUGCAGGCUGUUACAACACAAAAGCCAUCGAGUUGCCAUGA